GCAAGAGGCUAAACAGGAGAGGAAAGAAGAGAGACUUCACAACAGAGCAACAAAUCAACUAUUGAAAGGGCACGUAGGCAAAGCGAUGCAUCUGGAGGCCAAAGCUAACAAGGCUCAUCAUCGUGCUGAAGCAGCAGGAACGAGGGCCGACGUCCAUCAUGCAUUGGGUCAUCCUCAUCAUCACCACCAUCACCACAGGCCACCUCCUCCAUGUGGAGCAAGUGUGACAGUAGUACAUCAUCAUGUCCCGCCUCCUGCCCCACCUGUCAAUUACCCCACUGGGACCCACGCUCCACCUCCAAACCCAGCACCAGGAUACCCAUCACCUGCUCCAGGUUAUCCCUCAGCACCUGCUCCAGGUUAUCCCUCAGCACCUGCUCCAGGUUAUCCCUCAGCUCCGGCUCCUGGUUAUCCUGGGGCUCCUGCUACUGCUCCAGGCUACCCUGGAGCACCACCUCCAGCAUCUGGAUACCCAGCUCCUGCAUCUGGAGCCUACCCACCCUCCCAGGGGUAUCCAGGAACACAGCCUCCAGCUUAUCCUGGUGGUAGUGCAUAUCCUAACCCAUACGGCAAGUAAAUGCGGUACAUCCCACUCCAAAAGCACAAUCACAUUAAUGACAUUAUUGAUUAUAUUCCGUUGUAAAUAAAGGAGGUUGUUAAUGGUCAUUGUGAAAGAAAGAGUAAAGUGAAGGGGCUUCUGUCGUGCUCAAUAAUAGAAGAGGCUAACUGGUAUUUUCGUUCAAUGCUGAAAUUGACUUUGCUAGAUCAUGUUACAUUCAGAGAAAUUCUAGUUAGUUCAUUCUGUUUCUAGUUAGUUUGUUCUGCUAAGUUAGUAUGUACUAGGAAUAGGAAUGAGGAAACAUUGUAGACAGCAAGUGGAAGGAUGGUAAGGGAUACAGAGACUGGACAUGUCAUGUCAUAAUGUCUGUGUCUUAUGUGGCAUUGCAAAACACAUUUUGCAAUCAAUUACAAUAAUCAUUCGCAAAUUUGUAAUUCAUAGCUCAAUGUUAUCAAUAGUGAAUAGAAUUAACCCCGUGCUAGAAUGUGACCAGGGUGGUGUUUUAUUCCCUUCCGACAAGUCAGAUCUGAAAUUACUAUGGUAGCUGUCGGAUAAAACGGGACUUGUUGGAUCAAAUCUCUGACAAGUCCUCUCAUGAAAUAAUCCCCAGCAAUCACUUGCAAAUUUGAAAUCGCAAGACUUGUGAUUGAUUUUGGACCUGAAAUUGUCAUGCAAUUGAUUUCAAGUUUCUAGCAAUACCCCUUUAGUCAUGAGCAAUAUACUACCAGAAAUAUUUUUUUCAUGAUAUUCAUUCACAUGAUUUCACUUUUUAUCAACAAUGUAUUUUGAGUGCCUUUUUUCAUAUAAAAGCUAAAAAUAUAUAGCUAGGAUGUAUAAGCUUGUAAUGGUAACAUUUGAAGUGUAUAUUCUUGGCUUCAUUUUAAUUAGCAUGAUAAGCACUAGCUUCAUGAAUUAUGGUUAUAGGAAACAUGAAAAGGAAAUAAUGAUAUUUCUGCAUUAUCACUAUUUUUUGGAAGUGUGUCAAACAUGCAAAGAUUUAAUAAGCACACAAAAUGAUAUGACAAAGAGAACUUAAAUUUCCAAUGGUCACAAAAGUUAUUUUAUUCAAAUUGUAUAUAACUUUUCUAUCCUUUUAGGCUGUACUCUUAUUACAUUCUAUACUCUAAUAAAAUACUCUUGUUUUGAAAUAGACAGUGAUUGGUAUAUAAUUACAUUGGUUAUGCAAUGUUCAUUUAUCAUGUGAAUUGAAAAUUCAAAUGUUGGUAAUAUAUUGUUUCUGUACUUUACAUAAAGAGUUUAUGAAAUGAAAAAUCGUAGUAUAGUAUUCUCUUUAAGCAUUUCUUAAAUUUCAUGGCUUUCCUUGAGACAUUGUAUCUAAUUAUUUAUACGUUAAUCAUACAUACGUAUUAUUUUUUUUAUCUAUUCAGCUAAAUAGUACUAUAUUUGUAAUAUUGGCUUUAUAUUUCUCUGUAAAUCUAUUGUAAAUGAUUUGUAGUUAUAUUUUUUCUACUAUGUCUAUCUCUAUAAUGAAUGGGCAGCAAGUGUGUUAAAAAUAAAGUACUGAAAUUCACUCAA